CAAUCCGUAAAACGUAAACAAACCAACAUGCAGAAGACAUCGUUCAUUGAUUGGAAAUAAUUUAACUUCUGCGGUGCGGGUGCGAAGUGAACGUGUCCGAGUGCAUCGAUCGUCGAUCGUAAUCGCCUAUCAAAUAAAAGUGCACUCGAUCGAAUCUCUACAGGUGCUUUUAACCGCAAAAGAGAGCAGAGAAGAUGAUGCAGUCGAACGAUCAAGACGGAGUUUUGAACGACCCCAACCAGUGGAAGCUCGAGGCUCGAGCCGUCAUAAACGACGUGCGAGAUCACGUGCGCGAACUGCGAGUCUGCGAGGCCCCGGACAUCCAAAACUCCAACAGUAAGAUCCAUCUGAACUUGACGACGCUCGAGGGCAGCGAGCUGUGCAUCCGAUUGACCACGGCCGGUUUCAGCGUCGUCGGCGAUCGGCACGACUGCGUCAACGGCGAGCAGGAGGUGGGUCAGUGCUACGAGACGAUCUACGCACUGCUGUCGGCCAUCAGUCCCAGCUACACCCAGUCCUUUGGAAAUAGUCUGCUGGAUAAGUUGCAGCGGGUAGCGGAUAAUCAGUAAUAUUUAAAGACUUGAGAAUUUUUCUUCGAUAGCGUCGCUGUGAUGUAAUUGUUAAUGAUUAAUAAACUAAU